AUGAAUACAUCUUUCGAACAAAAAUUAAGAUCAAAAUCUGCCUACUAGGAUUAAAACCCCUAUGUGCCUAACCCGAAAAUAAAAAUAAUUGAAUAAUAAUAAAAUUUGAAUCAAACCUCUACUUCUAGUGGAUAAAGGCCUGUAAUAGGAAAUUAUUGUCAAAAAUUAUCACUCUAAUAAUAAAAUUUAAAGAAUCCUAAAGCUCAACUCAAAUUAGGGGAUUUUGGUAGAUUAUCCCCUAGUCUUUUCCAAUAAUGUAAGUAUAUAGAUUAAUAAUUAUAAUAGAAAAUAUUGUAAAAGAUAACUAAGAUAGAUACUAAAAUAAAAGUGUACAGUAUAACCCACAACAAUUUCAAUAACUAUUUGAGAAAGUUUAUGAACCUUCUCAUAAAUAAAACUUCCCUACGCGAACUAGAGAAGAGAAUAAUUAAUAGCGAUUCAGUAUUAGAAGUAUUUCAGAAUAUAAAGCACCAAUCCAGAAUGAUUAGAACAUUAUACUCCCUCAUUAAAAUCAAAAUAGUAAAUUAUAACAAUAGAUUCCAUCUUAACAAUUUACUUAUUUUGUAUAACCAAAUAAUACUAAAAAAUAAGCCUCACAAAUAAAUCAAUAAUAAUGCUCAAAUCCAGAUUAAUGCUUAUAAAUAAAUAAUAACUCAUAAAUGAAUCAAUACCCAUAGAUGAAUAAAGAGUCAUAAGUACUUAGAAACUCAUAAAUACUCCAAAACUCAUAAAUGAAUAAAGACUCAUAAUUAAAUCAAGAAUAAGAAUAAGAAAUUAAUAUUUUUGAAUCUGCAGUUUAGAUUAUGUAAAUUAGUUGCUUUAAGUGCUAAUAAAGUAUUAAAGGAACUUAAUUUUUUUUAAAUUGCUAGCAUGUUUUUCACAUAAGUUGUUUGUAAGAAUUAAUUAUUAUGCAAAUCGAUGGAUUUUUAUAACAUUAAUAGCUAUCUUGCAUAUGUAAAUAAAAAAUUCCAAGAAUUCCAAAUAUUGAUGCUUCUUUUUAUAAAAAUUGUAAAGAAAAAUUACUCUUAAAAUAAUUAGAAUUUAUUUUUAAUAAAUAUAAAGAAAAACUCUAAACUUGUCGUGGUUGUAACUUCUUUUGGGUUUGCAAUUCUACUUAAAAAAAUCAUUAUCCCAUAAAAUAUUGUAUGUGUAAAGAAAAGUGA